AUGAGGCGCACCGUUGUCACGUACACGGGCAUCGAGGAAGACGAGGACAUCGGCGCUGUUAUCAGUGUCCCAGCCUCCUUCAACGACAAGCAGCGCCAGGUCACGAAGUUGGUGGCAGAAGCAGCAAAUUUCAAAGUUUGCAGGAUCAUCAACGAACCCAGUGCCGCUGCCAUUGCUUUCGGCUUAGACAAGCAGUACCCCGAGCGUAAUGUGGUCAUCAUCGACAUGGGGGGUUGCACCACCGACGUGAACGUCAUGACCAUCGAAGAUGGCAUCUUCGAGAUCAAGUCCACGGCAGGCUCUGGCCGCCUGGGUGGUGAGGACCUGGAUGCACGCCUGCUAGAACACUGCCUGGCACAAGUGUCUCACGAGCACCCGGACGUGGACCUUCGCACGCGACCGAGACCGCUCCGACGGCUGCAGACGGCGUGCGAGCGCGCGAAGCGCACUCUGAGCCACAGCUACCAGGCCCAGAUCGACCUCGAGGCGUUGAUCGAUGAACACGACUUCUCCUGCGUGGUCACACGCGCGCGCUUCGAGGAGCUGGUGAAGGAGCACUUGCAGCACUUGCUGCGGCUGAUCCAAGAGGCUCUGAAGGAUGGUGGUGUCCCCAAGGAGGGCAUUGACGAGGUGGUCCUCGUUGGAGGCUGCGCCCGCAUUCCCAAGCUGCAGGAGAUGGUGAAGUCGUUCUUUGGCAAGGAGCCCAAAAUCAGCUCGGAAGCCAGCCACGACGUGGCCAAGGGCGCAGCUAUUCAGGCACAGACUCUGGUGUUUCGCAAGUACUGCAACUUUCAGGUCUUGACGGCAAAGCUGAUAUGUGUAAAGGUUAUCGGCGACAUCUUGGCCACGCACGCCUGCUUCGACGAGGUCUUCACACGCACCCGCUGCUGCGAGGCCUCCUCCCCGGUGGUCGCAGGCUGCAGCUGCACCUCGCUAUACUUGCGGGAAGCAGCAAGUUUCUUGAAGCAGCUGCCUGGCCCAUCCAUAGGGCGGGCGGACAUAAGCAGCUGGGAGUGGCGAUUUCACUCAAUGAGCCGGUGCCGCGAGAAAGACUACGCCGAAGCGAUUGGGCCGAACGGCUGGCAACGAGAGGACCUGUGCUCACAGCUGGAGAUGCUGCAUUACCUGGUCUUCUGUGGCUUGCAGACGAGCUGGUGGGAAGAAGAAGGCCCUUUGAGGACGAUAUUCUGGACAGAAAUUAUGCGCCUAUCCAUCAGGUUGCUGCCCUCCACGUGUGAGGGGCUCGUUACGCCGCAGGAAGGCUUCCACAACCAUCAGGAGUUCGAGAAGCAGUACUUGUCCGAUGCAUUUCAGCGUAACAUCUCAGACUUGCGCUGGCAGCGAACUGUGCCAGCACCCCAAGUGGCAGGAAGCUGUCCAGACGAACCAGCUCGGCGCCCAACCAUUCACUGUGCGGUGACGGCGCGGCUGCCGGAGGAUGGACCAUCGAUCAGGGCCAUCAAAGCCACUUGGGCCAGAGACUGUGACUCGGUGGAAGUUUAUGUCGCGUCGGCGGAGCGAGUUGCACAGUCUUGGACAAGGUUCGGGCUCCCGGUCCGAAACCUUGCCAUGCACUACCGUGUCCUGUAUACCCACCCUGACCAAGUCGGUGAUGCCCCCUCGGCAAACAUGUCUGCGCGCAAGAAGCAGAAGACAACAACGAACCUCAUUCGCAAGGCGCUGGCCAUGUGGCACUGGGUUGGAACGAACCUGCCCCCAUCCGACUUUGUCUGCCGCUUUGAUCCAGACACGCUGUUUCUUGCCGACCGUCUCAGGCGCUACGUGCGUGAGCACUGCCUCACAAACACUUCCAUGGUCUACUUGGGCCAAGUGCAGCAAACGAUGAAGGUUUGGGUUGGUGACUUUCCGGAUGGUGGCGCUGGAAUUUGCCUGCCAUGGAGAGCAGCACAGGUAUUUGCCGCAAUGUUAGAGGACAGGGUGAACAAGUUUGCUGAGGGUAUCGAGCAGGGGCCUGGCUUGCCAGAAGGAUGUCGCAUGGUACCCGGCCAUUUGGACGACGUGAUAACUGGGUUUUGCUUUCAGGAGAUGGACUUGCUCCCGCACCAUGGGCUGGUGUCUUCACUGGGACAGACGCGUUUCAACAACGAGCCCCUGCCGCGGCUGACGGGCGAUGGAAGGAUUGAGCACUGCACAGGCACCUUCGCCGACUGGCUUAAGCAGGGCCGACUGCCUGAUUUGUUCCAAUGCUCGUCGAAGCUUUCCGGCUGUAGCUCGAUCGCGCCCUGGUGUUGGGUGAACGAGACCGAAGCCAUAUCCUUCCACGGCUAUAAGAACGCCUCAGAGCUGCUGGAUGCUUACCGCUACCUCGUUGCCGCGGGAUGA